AUGGCUUUGCUGGGACUGCUCGUCCUGCUGGCCCUGACCUGGCCCGUGGGGGCCACCUGGGACACGUGCAGAGGCACCUGCGGGCUCCGGCCCAUGGCCUUCGACCACAGAUCGCUGGUUCCCGAAAAUUCCCAGGACUCUGACUAUGGAUCCUGGGAUUCUUUCGAAGACACCUCGCAGGACAUGGGUGGCACUGGGGUCCACCCAGGGGCCUGGCCUGGUGUCAUCAGCAUCCAGGCCACCUUGGACAAUGGCACGUGGCACAUGUGCUCGGGGGCACUCAUCCACCCCCAGUGAGUGCUGACAGUGGCCAGCUGCUUGGUUAGGGCAGGGUCUGUCUUCCACUGGAAGGUGCUGAUCGGGCCCACGGAUCUGGCUAAGCCGGGCCACAAGGCCGAGGUGUUCCAGAUCAAGCAGAUCCUGGUGCACAAUGGCUACGUGGCCGCCACGGCCAGGAGCAACAUUGACCUCCUGAGGAUGGACCAGCCCGUGGAGUGCAGCGACUACAUCCAGCUGGGCUGUGUGCCCGACAGCUCCCUGGCAGUGCCCGAGCUGAAAACCUGCUACAUUGCGGGCUGGAGAGCCACCCCGGGCAGCGCCCGGAGCCCACGCCUGGUGCUGCAGGAGGCCAAGGUGCGGCUCAUGGACGUCCAGCUUUGCAACAGCAGCCGCUGGUACGGGGGGGCCGUGCACCCCCAGGACCUGUGCGCGGGGUACCCGCGGGGCGGCAUCGACACCUGCCAGGGGGACAUCGGGGGACCUCUGGUCUGCAAGGACAACGUUGGUGACUACUUCUGGCUGGUGGGACUGGCCAGCUGGGGCCGAGGCUGUGCCGGGGCCAAGCGACCCGGGGUGUUCACCUCCACCCAGCACUUCCACACCUGGAUCCAGGUGCAGAUGGGAUUGCUCCCACCAGGAACUGAUGUUCCUCCUGCAGAGCCCUUCCCACUGCCACCCCCGGAACCAGAGGAAGAGCCUGAGCCGGACUCAGAUUUGAGCGAUCUGGAGAAUCCCAACCCAGAACCAGAGGAUUCUACGGUGAUUUCAUUCCAACAACAAAUCCUGGGGAAAUUCCUGAAUCUGGUGCUGGAGCUCCUGCAGUUCCUGAAGGGAGUGCUGAUCGGGCCCACGGAUCUGGCUAAGCCGGGCCACAAGGCCGAGGUGUUCCAGAUCAAGCAGAUCCUGGUGCACAAUGGCUACGUGGCCGCCACGGCCAGGAGCAACAUUGACCUCCUGAGGAUGGACCAGCCCGUGGAGUGCAGCGACUACAUCCAGCUGGGCUGUGUGCCCGACAGCUCCCUGGCAGUGCCCGAGCUGAAAACCUGCUACAUUGCGGGCUGGAGAGCCACCCCGGGCAGCGCCCGGAGCCCACGCCUGGUGCUGCAGGAGGCCAAGGUGCGGCUCAUGGACGUCCAGCUUUGCAACAGCAGCCGCUGGUACGGGGGGGCCGUGCACCCCCAGGACCUGUGCGCGGGGUACCCGCGGGGCGGCAUCGACACCUGCCAGGGGGACAUCGGGGGACCUCUGGUCUGCAAGGACAACACUGGUGACUACUUCUGGCUGGUGGGACUGGCCAGCUGGGGCCGAGGCUGUGCCGGGGCCAAGCGACCCAGGGUGUUCAGCUCCACCCAGCACUUCCACACCUGGAUCCAGGUGCAGAUGGGAUUGCUCCCACCAGGAGCUGAUGUUCCUCCUGCAGAGCCCUUCCCACUGCCACCCCCGGAACCAGAGGAAGAGCCUGAGCCGGACUCAGACUUGAGCGAUCUGGAGAAUCCCAACCCAGAACCAGAGGAUUCUACGGUGAUUUCAUUCCAACAACAAAUCCUGGGAAAAUUCCUGAAUCUGGUGCUGGAGCUCCUGCAGUUCCUGAAGGGAAAGAAAACCUGA